ACGAAAAAUUAUAUAAUGGUCUUAGAAUAUGCAGAAGAUGGAAGUUUACGAAAUUAUUUAGAUAAAGAAUAUAAUAAGCUUAAUUGGAUUGAAAUGUUUAAAUAUUUACAUUAUACUAUUAUUGGACUUAAAUGUAUUCAUGAAAAGGAAUUAAUCCAUCGAGAUUUACAUAUUGGAAAUAUUUUAAAGUUUAAAAAUAAAACUACUAUAACUGAUAUGGGAUUAUGUAAACCUGCAGAUUGUUAUACAUCAGAAAAUACGAAAAAUAAGACAUAUGGCGUUUUACCUUAUAUAGCUCCUGAAAUUUUAAGAGGACAAAAUUAUACAACAGCUGCCGAUAUUUAUAGUUUUGGUAUAAUAAUGUAUGAAGUAAUUUCUGGAUUACCCCCAUAUCAUGAUUUAAAUCAUGAUAAUAAUUUAGCAAUAAAAGUUUGCAAAGGACUUAGACCAAUGUUUAACAUUAAAGUACCACAAUUAAUUGUGCACUUAAUUAAAAAGUGCUUGGAUUCCAAUCCGCUAAAUCGACCAACAGCAGAAGACAUAUACAAAAUUUUACUUAAAUGGCAAUAUGAACCAAAUGAUAAACAAACAAUAGAAUUACAAGCACAAAUUAAGGAAGCAGAUGAAAUAAACAAUAAUUCGUCAAAUAGCGAUAUAACUUCAAAUAACUUAGGAAUAUCAUAUAAUACACAUUCAGAAGCCACUUAUGCAAGUAGAUUACUUGAUUUUAAUAAUCUUCCAGAACAAAAAAAUUCUGACGAUUAUUAUGAACAAAAUGAUAAUAUAAUUAGCAAGAAAUUUUCAGAAUCUUUACAGAUUGAUAUUUCUCAAUUGAAUAAUA